CGCAGCAGGUGGCUCCAGCCCCCGCGCCGGAGGGGGAGCCUCGGCCCCGGGGAGAAGCGGGUGGGUCGCCUCGAAUCCAGCAAGAUCCGGCCGAAGCCAGCUUUCCCCCACACCCGCCGGGUGCCCCACACGGAAGGGAACGCAGCCGCGCUGAGCCCGGUCGGGCUGCUGAAGAGCGGCUGAGGGGAGGAAGCGAGGCGGGCGAAGGGAGCCAGCCUGCCUGCCUGCGGCACCCGGCAUGUAAACAAUACCUGGAAGUUGGCGAGUAAUGCCGAGGCGGGGAGCCGCCACAGUAGCCCGAAGCGCCGCCGGGGCGCCUGCAGCAUCCCCCCUCCAUCCCCCUCCCGCGAAGGGCCGAGUGCCCAGCGCCUAGAGGGAGAGGGGAGCGGAGUCGGAUACAGUCACACGCCGGGGAGGAGGAGGAGGAGGAGGCGGGAGAGCGGGAGGGAGGAGGCUGAAGGCAGCCAGGGCAGGAGGAGAGGAUGGAUUUCCAGCAGCUGGCUGACGUUGCGGAGAAAUGGUGCUCCAACACCCCCUUCGAGCUCAUCGCCACCGAGGAGACCGAGAGGAGGAUGGAUUUCUACGCCGACCCGGGCGUGUCCUUUUACGUCCUCUGUCCUGACAACGGCUGCGGGGACAAUUUUCACGUGUGGAGUGAAAGUGAAGAUUGUCUGCCUUUCCUGCAGUUGGCUCAGGACUACAUCUCUUCUUGUGGCAAAAAGACGCUCCAUGAAAUCCUGGAAAAAGUCUUCAAAUCAUUCAGACCUCUAUUGGGGCUUCCAGAUGUAGAUGAUGAUGCAUUUGAAGAAUAUAACGCAGAUGUGGAAGAAGAGGAGGCAGAAGCCGAUCACCAGCAAAUGGGUGUCAGUCAGCAGUAAUUUUCAAAGGAAAUUAAAUAUAUAUUUUAUCCUACCAGGUGGGGUCUUAUGCUUCUGCAUUAGCAUUUUUUUUUAAAAUUAGCACAUCACACUGGAAAAUCUGGCUCCUAAACCCAACGUUUAAAAAGAUAAGAAAAAGAAAGAAAGCAACAAUAUUUUUCAAAAAUCUGUGAUGAGCUUUGCAAUGAAGUGGCCUGAAUUUCACUCCUGCUUCAGUGAGGUUUCUAUGGCGUUGUCUUGGUAGCAUUCUGCCAAUGUUAACUUAGAACUAGUUUUUUCUUGCUGACUUGUCUUUUUGUUGUUUUUAUUAUUAUUAUUAUUAUUAUUGUUUGUACAGAAGAAUUAACAUUUCACUGACCUGAAUGUGAUUUGAAUGUAGGAAUUAUUUGGUUGGUGUGUUAAGUACUCGCGUGACCUUACUGAGGACCAUCCAUGCAGAGAAUAAAUGCAAUCUGCACUUUC